AUGUCUCAGCAUAUUAAAACAGGUUAUCUUCAGUAUUUUUAUAAAGGUUUAUUAUCGAAAAAAUGGAAAAAUUAUUAUUUUGUAUUGUUUGAUGAUUCAACAUUACAAUGGUAUGAAAAACAAAAUGAUCGAAAACCAGAUGGAUCAAUACGUAUUCGUGAUAUAGCUCAAAAUCUUUGUGUUGGCCCAUAUACACGAUGUUUACCUAAUCGACCAGAACUGCCUCGACCAACGGACGAAGCGAAUCUUAUUGCUUUACCAAGAUCAUCAUCUAGACAUCAUGAUCAAGAAAUAAUAUGGAUUCUUUGUAAUGAUGUAACACAUUUAAAUGAAUGGAUGGCAGCAAUUGUUUCUACACUACCUCCUCCACCUCAGCGAUCUUCAGCACCACCGCAUCCACAACAAAAUGCUACUAUUCGACCGUCUGCUCAUCCAUCAUUUCAUGCUCCACCAUCUUAUCCAAGAUCAACUCCAUAUCCUCGACAACACCAACAACAGCCAAUAUACCCAAAAAUGCAUAACAAUCAACAGCCAACUUAUCACUAUACAAACGUCGUUGUACAACCAUCGCCUUCUUAUGAUGGUGAAGGAUAUAGUAGCAUUAAUCGAGGUGGCACUGGAAGUUCACUAGUUAGUGCAGGAGUCGGCUUUGCUGGUGGAGCAUUACUUGGUGGUGCUCUUGGUUAUGCAUGGGGAGGUGGUUUUGGUGGACAUGGUGGAUGGGGAUAUGGCAUGGGCCCUAUUGGGUAUCAUAGUGGUGGAUAUGGCUAUGAUAAUGAUACAACAAAUAAUUAUAAUAAUAGUACAACGAACAAUAAUUUUUCAACGUAUAACGAAACAAAUAACUAUAAUGACAAUGAUAAUCAACAAAACAAUUUUCAAUAUGAGACAAAUAAUAAUCAACAGUCAGAAAAUAAUGGUGACAAUGGAGAUUUUGGUGGUGAUGAUCACUUUGGCGAUCGUGAUGACGACAAUCACGGUGGUGAUGGCUAUGAUUACGGUGGUGGUGGCGCUGAUAACAGCGGCGGCAAUGACAAUUACGGUGGUAAUGGUGGUGGUUACAGCGGUGGCGAUGACAAUUACGGUGGUAAUGGUGGUGGUUACAGCGGUGGCGGUGACAAUUACGGUGGUAAUGGUGAUGAUUACGGCGGUGGUGGCGUUGAUUAUGGUGGAGGUGGCGGUGAUUACGGCGGUGGCGGCAGCGAUGGCUACGGUGGCGGUGGCGAUGAUUACAGUGGCAGCGGAUAUGGUUACGGUAGUGGUGGCGAUGAUUACGGUGAUGAUGACUUUGGCGAUGGUGGAGGCGAUUUUGGAGGAGGUGAUUUUGGUAAUGGUGAUUGGUAA